AUGGACGACUACGACGUGGACGCCUACGAUGCCGGCGGUUACGGCCUGGAGGACGACUGCAACGCCAGAGGCAACGGCAACGACGACCUUUUUGGCGGCGGCGGCGGAACCCGGGACUUCCUGUCCAUGGGCCCGGGGUCGUCCUCCGACGGUGGGUACGGCGGCUUAUCGGCCGGCGCCUACCCCCACAGCGGAUCGAGCAGCCUACGACCGAGCCGCCUCCACUUCGACGGCCUCGACCUCAACGCGGAGCACGGGUGGUCGGAGGUGCAAGACCUUCUCCGCGGCGACGAGGUCCAAGGAAGUGACCGUCCUCGUCCCAUUCGUGUUCCUCCACAGGGCCAGAACCGAACCCUCGGCCUGCGCGGGCCACGCAGCGUCCACGGAGGAGGCCGAGCCGGGGCCAGCGGUCGCCGCAGAUCAGGCACCAGUGGAGGGACUGCACCUCCAUAUGCACAAGGCGGCGGGUCUGCACCCUUUGGCGCCGUAGACCUGCCUGCAGGGUGCCGCCCCCCUCGACAUGAAACGUCGGCAUCCGACGAAGCAACCAGAGGCGGUGGCCAUCGCCGUCGUCGUGCCGUGCAGGCCGACACCAACAGGGCUGCAUGGAGUCCAGAACAUACCCAAGCCUUUUGCCGUAUUUACUGCAGCCAAAUCGAUGACGGAAACUGCGUGAGGGGUGUGAUGAACAAGUGUGGGUGGAAAUAG